AUGUUCUUCUUCGGGCUCGGCGGGUUAUUCACCGUCGCGGUACUCCUCGUCAACGCCAUAGCAAUCCUCUCCGAAGAUCGUUUCCUCGCGCGCAUUGGCUGGACAGCAUCUGCAGAACCUGCCGGUUUCGGCCGUCAGGAUGAUGCCAGCAUAAAAGCGCGACUGAUCAAUCUCGUCUCCUCAGUACGGACACUGAUGAGGUUACCGUUGAUGUUAAUCAACACUCUCAUGAUAGUUUACCUACUAGUUCUCGGCUGA